UAGGGCUCAGGGAGGAACAUUAUCUCUUAUUAUGAGUGCAGCGUUCGCAGGAGCAAUCGCACGAUUAAAUGUAAAGUUUUUCUCUGUGACAGAAUGCUUUUUAAUACUCAUUAUGUGGCUUCAAUGACAGGAGAGUGCUGUCUUUAGCAGUUUUCGCCGAAGACAUUUAUCUUUAGUCGGAAUUCUAUUAUACAUUAAACAAAAAUAGAAAUAUGUAAGACAUAACGAAAAAGAACUAAUUUUGACAAAUAAUUUGUCCUUAAGCCAAGAUAUAGUAAGUUUGCUUUGAUCGUGUAGAAUAAAUAGAUAGAUCGCAUUCAGUUUUUAUCUAAUUUCUCACAGGGCUGUUAUGUAUAAUCCUACCAUAGCAUUUUUCAUCACAGUUUGCCUCGCAAAAUAAAUUAUAUGUUGACAUUGGCUAAAAGAUGGUUAGUUUCUAGUACUAGUCAUGUCAACGUGUGUCCUCGAUAAACAGAUAUGUGUACAUGCGAUGCAGGUACACUAAACGGAUGUCCUUUUUAAUGUGUUGAUUAUCCGUUAAUAUCAAGUUAUUUAAAGGCCUUUUACUGUGCUCCGAUCAUAAUUAGAAUACGUGCCAAUAAAAGUUUGAUCCUUCAGAACCAACAAGACAACAUUUGUAAAGAAUAAAAUAACUCUCAUUGACCAUAUAAGUUUGUAGAAAGUUAGUCAGAUAUUUUAAAUCCCAAAUACCUAAGGCAAAGGCGCUUAUUUUAAUAUUUACUUUCAACUGGAAGAAACAUUUCUUAAAUGGUUGUAAACGUAUUUUGAAGUUUAGUGGUUCGCGGAUAGCUUUUAAUUGAGUCCAACGAACGGGAUGUAGCAUUAAGUUAGUUUAAAUGGCUGAUGUCUGAGAUGCUGUCUAUCUUUUCUGGCUCCGCUGCAGCUUUUACCGUUUGUAAUAGUCCAAUCUAGUGAAGCACACAUGGCUAGAAAGGAACAAACCCGAGUCGUCGAAAGAUGGCGACCGCAGCAGACGGCGUUGGCGCCAAAAAUUUAAAGCAGACGCCGACGCCUUUUUGAGUUUCGCGUUAUACGUUCAUUCGGAGCUUACAAUGUCACUGGGGGGAGAGAUCCUAUGUAUCUUGUAAUGUUAUCGUUGUGUUUAUAGUGAGUGUCGGCUAUAUGGCAGUAACCCUUAAUCACAGAGCCACCGUGUUUAUGUGCGUUACGUGUUCAAGCCUAUAGGAUCUACGCCAAAGGAGAUAUUCAGAUUGAAUUGAUGCAGUCGUUGUAAGAACAAUCAAGGGUGUUGAAAAUAGACAUGAAGGAUUUAGACCAACAACAGGGACCGUCCUCAAGCCAGGCACAGUCCAGCCAUAACGACGCAGAGGGUGCACCCGUGUCACCUCAAAUGAGAAAAGCAGGUGGCCGUCGCAAGAACCUCGAGUGUCCCGGCUGUGCGAAAGCAUACUCAUCAGUCGUCAGCCUUCAGGAGCACAUUCGUAGAGCCCAUCCAGAUGUCUCCAAUGAACUUCAUAACAUUGUUAAGGCAGGACAGUGGCGUUGUACGCAGUUCCCUUGUGUUAUGGGGGCUGCAGGCUGCAUGGAGGUGUGCAAAAGCCGUAAUGAGCUCUUAAGACAUUUGGAGAGUCAUCAUGGUAUUGUGGUGGACUGGAUUGAAAGUCGUUUCCAAUCGUUGUCUGAAUUUGACGCCUAUCGGGUUAGUUUGAGGAGUAAAGGCCACUUUUUAAUUAAAGCCACGUCGCGACGUAAAGGUCGCACAGAAUCCGAAGAACCAUUUAUCCUUUUUCGGUGUAAUCGUGAAGGCCAAAAGGUUGACCGUAAGAAUCGGGGCGACAGCCGAAACAGCAUCAAGAUUGGGACCUUUUGCACUGCGUACCUUAAGAUUUUCUUUCAAAAGGAUGACACGAUCCGAUGUAUGGGUUCGUUGACACAUUGCAAUCAUAAUAUUAACUACAAAGUAAAGCAGCUUGACGGGAACAUUUCGGGCCGGUUACAAGUAAUCGACGAUGACGACCCUGAGGCUGAGGGAGUUCAGAUGGAGGCCGUUGAGGGAGCUGAGGAAGGUCAGGUGCCCAUGGAGGAAAUGCAGGUUAUGCAGGCCGAAGGCAUACAAGAUGGCGAAGUUCAAUACCAGAUGGUACGGCCACCGCCGCGCGAGAUGCACGUGGUACAUGAGCAAAUACCCGACGAGAUGGCCGCUGACGGUGAAGAGGCUGGACACCACAUGGAACAACACCAGGUUCAAAUGCAGACAAGUGAACAUGAGAACGAAGGGCCGAUGCUGGUCGUCACCCAAGAGGACUGUAGUGCUCAUCAAAGUCUGAAUGCCCUUGUAGAAGACUCGAUUUGGAAGAUGCAGAUGAUUCAAAGUGAACGCAGUGGUCAACGCCUCAUUUUUUAUGCUGACGCUUUGCAGCAGAUGAUCCGCGCGGCACACGAAACGAUCUCGAAAACGAUUAUGGACCAUCUACAGAGAAAUAAACGACGACAAGCGCUUGCUAACCAGCAAAUUCAGCAGACUCAAAUGCAGCAUAUGUAGAUAAACUUUUCUUAAUCAUUUCCUGAAUAAAAAAGAAAAUGGCAUACACGGGAUGGUUCCAUGAAGAUUUGCGUUUCAUAGCCAAAAAUUAAGACUAAUUGCUCCUUGGAUUGCGGUACCGAACAUCGAAAAUAACGUGAUACGCUGUUUCUUGACGAAACCAUUAUCUAUAACGAAAUAGCCAUGUAUGCACGUCCAAUGGGGCAUGUAAAGUAGGUGUAUAUAAUAACAAUAAUAAUAUUUAUUAUCAUUACUUAUACAUGAUAACAUAUUUACCUUUACUAUGCAAAUAAAUGCGUAGCUCGGUAAUUAAGCGAACGGGUAAUUAAUUCGUUUGUAUACGCAUAAUAAUAUCAAAUCCCUCGGAAUAUAUGCAACUUGAAACUAUAGUCAACAUCUAAUAUUGUUUCAUUAAGAAUUUUUUGAAAAAACAUGUGCGCUUUCCGACGCAAAAGGGCGAGUAAAUAAGAAGCGGUAGAACGAACAACAUUGAAGGUUAUGCUAUAAAUAAUAUUUUAAAGUAAAAAAUAUUGUCAGUACUAGUGGCCAAAAGAAAUUGCCCCAAAACUUUUAUAAAGUUCAUCUACUAAUUGAACAGUAAUUAUUAAGAUUAAAUUCGAUAUUUUGAUUGACUCCUUUGAUUAGGUUGGUCUCUCGUACAUUGUACAUAAAUAAUUCAUAUGAGUCAUGAGUCGCGUAAAAAUAUUUAAAAAUUUUAAGAGUACACAUGUGCCGACCUUCAGUUGAUACAAUAAAUGAGCUACGAACUGUAUAGGUAAGAACUAAGGAACUUAAUGCUAAAGGCAGAGAGUCCAAAGUGUAACUAAUAAAUGCCCAUCAAGAAGAAGCACUUGAAUUUUAGCGUCGAGCUAGACUAUAUUUGAGCAAGCGUGGUCCAAAAUGGUAAAAAAAGCAAUAAAAAGUGCUUUCUUCAAUCAUCUCGCAUCAUGCUUAAAUAUUAAAUAAAGAAACUCAACGGGAAUUAAUGUAUCUCUCAACUUGUUUGUUCUGCCUUAGUGUGUUAACCGAAUACGCAAUUUGGAAAUCGAAAUAGGGAACGAAAGGAUUUACGAUUCAAAUUAGGUUGCGAUUUAGAAACUUACCCCGCAUCUUUAUCAAUUAAAUGGCAUGGAUAAAUGGAAAAAACAACCCUUUCUAACAUUUUCUUUAAACUAGAUAAAGUAAGGUGGUUGCAGUCAUAGGAACUACAAGGUAAAGAGAACAUAAGUGAAAAGGAACCCGGUGUAAUAACCUGUUGAAAAUGGUGUUUGGAGUCAAAGUCCUAAAUGUGUAUUAAAAUACGACCUUAUAGUAAAUUAUUAUAUUUAAAUUUGCACGAUGAAGCUGUGAAUAAUUGUUAAAUUGUUAUAAUAAAGUCACAGUCUCAAAAAUGCUUUCACAGAAAAACCCAUUGAGAAAAAUUAAUUGAUGAUUCAUUACCGAAAAACCAACUGUAUAUACUUUUCGAAUGAAUGUAUCAACACGAGAACAAAGAUUCGAGCGAAACAUCAACGUGUGUAUGACAUACUAAAUUAACUGUGAAAUAAGCAGCUCUGUUUAUUUCACAGUUGAAUACAUUUUUUUGAAGUUUUAAUAAAACAAAAAUCCUAUU